AGAGGAAGGGACGUCUUGACCAGCCUCCACAUCCACAGGCCAACCCUAGAGGACCUGCUGGGCAGCGACACCCUCAACCCCAACACAGCCUUCCAAGUCCUCAAGUGUACGCAAACCUUCCUGCAGAAGUCGGGGCAACUCGACAGAAUCUAACUCCACCCUGGUGACAGAACGACAAACAAAAACCUGAUACCAACUACCACUGACGGGGCUCUAGAGGCUGUGGCCCCACAGCCUAACUAGCCCCAUAAAACCACCCAAGAAGAAGAAGAAGAGGAAGAGACGCUGUGCUCCGUGCUUACCUAUGAAUGCUUACCUAUGAAUGGAUAGUGGGGCUGAGAGCUUAUUCCACGGGUCUAUAACUCUAAUGGCAAACCAGUUUCCCUUCAUUGUGGUUCGCCAAUGGUCUGGUUUACUCAGCUUGUAGGAGUGGCCCCGCAGUCGCACUCACGGUCAACGGCACUGCCCAUACACUCAGUCCACCCUGGCGGGGACCUCACCAAUGACCUCCAUGAAAACAGGGUCCCAGACAAGCCAGUUGGUCUGAAGGAACCCAACAUGGAGUUUGUGAUAAGCCUGCGAGCCUUCAACAACGUGGGUGACGGGCAACCGGUGUACCAGCAAGUCCGCACCCAGCCAGAGGAGGAGGAGGUGGUGGCACCCACGCUGGACCCGGCGGUGUGGGUGAAGGCCGUGGUGCUGACGCCCUUCACCGUGGUGCUGCAGUGGGCGGACACCAUGCUGAGCCAGAACCAGUACAACAGCUGCACCACCUUCUCAUCCUCCAGCCGCUACGUCAACGCCACGGAUGUGACCUGCCUCAUUGACAGCCUCAAGCCAUCAACAGUGUGUGAGUUUGCUGUGAAGACCAUCAGGGUGAGACCACAGUGCUGGAAGCCUUCGUUCUUCUUUCAGUAAAUAUUCACUCAGUCCUGCAACACUUCUCAAGGAAAUCCUGCACAGCUGAAUCCUUGCUGUGAUGAGGCACAGAGAAAUUAUGACUCAUAGGGUGAGCUAUUAUUAGUGUUUGAGAUAUUGAUUUUUUCAUUGACCUUUUGCAAAUACUUAAAAAUGAACCUUACAUAAUGGUAUUAGAAACAGCACAGCAGGGUUGGGUGAUUUAAUCAAAUUGAUUUAAUCACAUGAUUAAAUCAUUGAUUUUAUUUGUAUUUUUUCUGAGUAAAAUAUUCCAUAGGUAAAAUGAUGUGCUCCAAAGAUGAUAAAGUAAAACAACCUAUUCAUGUGCAAUGAUUCAUUUAUUCUCUUCAUAGUAUAAAAAUAAGAUUCCUACAUUAUUAUAUCCUCCUGCGCUAAUGUUGCCAACUUGACAUGUUUUUUACUAGGUAAAAAAUCAGCCUCCUCUAGUCUUUACUAACUUGGCCGGCAAUGUAUCAUAAUAGCAACCAAGGUUUGUAACCAAACCGUAACAGAAUAAAAGUAGAUAUUCUUCUGUAUGGUAAUAAUAUAAUAUUCUGUCAUGA